CACCUCAUCCAUCACGGCAGGGACACUGCCAGCAGCACCGGGGCCAGACCUGCCCACGGCUUCCAGGUUCUGGACGACAGCUGAGACCGGCCGAGCCCCCGGGAGAUGCUGAUGCCGAUGCAGAUGCAGAGGAUGAAGAUUCUGUUAAUGAAGUGGCAGUAGAAGACAUUCGUCCAAGGCCACAAGGAUCCUCUCCAGUUUAUGAGUAUCCCAUAGAAGAAGACUAUUCAAAGCUUCAAGAAGAAAACAGAAAACAUUCUACAGACAAAUCAAAACAGAGUCAUCCACAGGAGACAAUGGAAGUGACCCUGAAAACAGAAGUGGAAGCUGGUGCUAGUGGUUUUAGUGUGAAAGGUGGAGGAAAUGAAGGAAUAUUUAUUAAAAAAGUACUUAAGGAAUCUCCUGCUUCCAAAAUAUUUAGUCUUAGAGAAGGUGAUCAGCUUCUAAGUGCUACAAUAUUUUUCGAUAAUAUCAAAUAUGAAGAUGCACUCAAGAUUCUCCAAUAUUCUGAGCCAUACAGAGUCCAGUUCAGCCUCAAAAGAAAAAUUGCUGUGCAAGAAGAUCUAGAACACUCUACAGCCAAGCACAAAAAGGAAAGGAUAGGCCAGGAAAAAGAAGUCACUGAGAGCAUUCCUGAAGAAACACUGCAUGUUUCAGGAAAAGCCACUUCAGAAGAAGACAGGGAAACAUUAAUUGUAGGCCAAAGGGUAGGAAGAAGUAAGAGACCUAAAAAAGAUAGAUUAUCAUGGCCAAAAUUCCAAUCAAUUAAAAAUAAAAAGAUACUGAGGCACAGAAGAUCUCAUAGCACAUCAGAUGCAUAUGAGCCUGCUGUACAGGAUAUUUCCCCUACAAGCACGGACACAGAGUCUCAAUAUCCACAAGAAGUCCAUACCAAAGAGAAAAAAGGAAGCCAAAGGAAGCUGAAGUUCCCUAGCAUUGGAUUCAGAAUGCACAGAUCCAAAACAGAACCACAAGAGAAGCACAAAAAAGAAAUAAAAACUACACUGAUCUCUGAAAGAGAAGAAAUACAUAAAGAUGAUAUAAGCCUGGAAAAUCCCGAAAUCUUAACUGUUGAAAAUACAACAUCUCCUGCUUAUGAAAUGAAAACAGGGGAGGGACAUGAAACUUUAACAAAAGACUUAAAAGAGAUGAAAAAUGGCAUUCCAUCUCAUGUAAAACAAUGCCCUGAAGUUGAAAUAAGCAUUAAAAAAGACAAGGAAGCAACAUCAAAAUUUAGUCUACCUGAAGUACCAGACAUAACAACAGAGAUACCAAAGCCCAGUUUAGAAACAGCUGAUCUGAAAGUAAGCCCAACUAAAAAAUCACCACAAGCCUCAUCAAAAUCCCGAAAAAAGAAACAGAAAGGAACAGCAGAUAAAAAAGAUGCAGAAAGUGGAAUUAACAUAGACUUGAGCGAUCGCAGAGCUAAGGGAUCUGUACAGGUGAAAGGCCUAGAAAUAGGCACUGCUAAAGCAGAAUUACAGACAUCUGACACACUGGAAAGAGGAGAAAAACAAGCAGAAGAAGACACACAAAUACUAAAUAUUCAGAAAAAAAAAUAUGGAAUUUCAAUGUCCACCAGAGAAGAGACAGAGACUGACACUGCCAAACAGGGAGGUGAGGUUCCACAGACAGUACCAGAAAAAACAGCUGAUUUCAGUUCAGAGGACAGCAGGAAUUUCAAUGUGAAAACUCCCAUGCCGGAUGUGGAAUCAGAAGUGUCUACUUGGAAAAUACAAAUGCCAUCAGUCAAAGUGGCCAAAACACCUAAAACUGACAUAAAAAUAACAAGAGAAGAAAGCAGAGACGACACAGAAGAUAGGGUAAAAAAGGAAGGAAUAGAGGAAGAUGGCAUGCCCACAAAUGAAAGAGCCUUAAACAUAGAAAUUGGAAUGAAAACAGAAGAAAAAGAUAUAGAGGGGAAAGAAAGCAAAUUCAGACUGCCAAAGUUAAAAUUCCCUACGUUUACCUGGUCAAGUACAAAGGAAGAAAGGGCCCAGCCUGAAGCAAAGAUAAGUGAAAGCGAAGUAGAAGUGCAAACUGUGAUGAAUGCAGAAGAACUUCAGGUACAAGUACCGACAGGAGCAAUAAGAGUUCCAACUGGUGAAAUGAAAAGAGGGAUAUCCAAAGGAAAACUAGAUCAAAAUGACAUCGAACAAAACCCAGAAGGCCAGUUGAAAACUCUGCAAGAAUCAGCAAUAAAAUCAUCCCAAACAGAAAAAACCAGUGCAGACAUAACAGGAAAAAUAGAGAUUUCAAAAACUGAUAUUGAAAUACAGAAGAGAGAAUUCGGUAAAAAAGCAAAAGAUGAAAUUACAGAAAUUACAGCAUCAGACAAAAAAACACGCACAGUAGACAUAAGCCUGCCCUCUGUCGAUAUAACCCUUCCGAAGGCCAGCGUUGACCUGCAGGCGCCCGAGGCCACCCUCAGCCUGGAGGGAGAAGCCAAAGUCGCAGAGAAGGACGCCGCCAAGACCAAGGAUGGCAAGUUCAAGAUGCCCAAAUUCGGCAUGCCAUCUUUUGGCUGGUCCAGCAGCAAAGAGGCCAAGGGCACCGUGUCCGCCGAGGUGGACGUCAGCCUCAAGGAACCAGAAGUGCCGCUGCCCUCGGCAGUUGCUGAAGUGGACGUCACGCUGCCCUCGGCCGACAUCCAAGCGCCCGGUGUGGAGGUGACCGUAGAGACACCCGCCGUAGCAGCAGAGGGCGAGAAAGGCCGAUUCAAAAUGCCCGAUGUCAAGAUGCCCAGCGUCAAGCUGCCCAAAGUCAAAGGUCCCCAGGUGCAGGUCAGCCUGCCCAAGGCCGAAGUCUCGCUGGCCAAAGGCCAGGAGGGCGAAGUCGCCCUGCAGGGCCCCGAGGCUGAAGCCAGCCUGGAGGUGGCCUCAGGCAAAGCUGAAGGUGGUGGGAUGAAAAUACACAUGCCCAAAGUCAAGGUGCCCAGCGUGGUCUUCUCCAAGCCCACUGUCAAGUCUCCCAAGUUAGAGGCGGACGUCAGCCUCCCGCAGGCAGAGCUCAAGGCUGCUGACGCUGACCUCAGCAUCACGGCCCCCGACAUCAAGCUGCCCUCUGUCGAAGGCUCCCUGGAGCUCCAGGCGCCCGACAUCAACCUCAAAGGGCCCUCCGCCGAAGGAGAGCUCAAGUUGGAAGGCACGGGCCUGAAAGGCAAGCUCAAGAUGCCCAAGUUCGACAAGCCCAAAUUUGCAGUCUCGUCCUCCAAGGCUGAGGCGCCCACAGCCAAGGUCAGCCUGCCCAGCGCAGAAGUCGACCUCCCCUCUGCCACCGUGACAGCCACAGGGGAGGGCCCAGGGCUGGGCUUGAAAGCCGACGUUUCUGGCGCCAAGACCGAGGGCGCCGGCUGGAAGCUGGAGAAGCCCUCCCUCGAGAUGCCCAAAGCUGACAUCAAAGCACCCAAGGUGGACAUCAGCCUGCCAUCCGUCGAUGUCACCCUUCCAAAGGCCAGCGUUGACCUGCAGGCGCCCGAGGCCACCCUCAGCCUGGAGGGAGAAGCCAAAGUCGCAGAGAAGGACGCCGCCAAGACCAAGGAUGGCAAGUUCAAGAUGCCCAAAUUCGGCAUGCCAUCUUUUGGCUGGUCCAGCAGCAAAGAGGCCAAGGGCACCGUGUCCGCCGAGGUGGACGUCAGCCUCAAGGAACCAGAAGUGCCGCUGCCCUCGGCAGCUGCUGAAGUGGACGUCACGCUGCCCUCGGCCGACAUCCAAGCGCCCGGUGUGGAGGUGACCGUAGAGACACCCGCCGUAGCAGCAGAGGGCGAGAAAGGCCGAUUCAAAAUGCCCGAUGUCAAGAUGCCCAGCGUCAAGCUGCCCAAAGUCAAAGGUCCCCAGGUGCAGGUCAGCCUGCCCAAGGCCGAAGUCUCGCUGGCCAAAGGCCAGGAGGGCGAAGUCGCCCUGCAGGGCCCCGAGGCUGAAGCCAGCCUGGAGGUGGCCUCAGGCAAAGCUGAAGGUGGUGGGAUGAAAAUACACAUGCCCAAAGUCAAGGUGCCCAGCGUGGUCUUCUCCAAGCCCACUGUCAAGUCUCCCAAGUUGGAGGCGGACGUCAGCCUCCCGCAGGCAGAGCUCAAGGCUGCUGACGCUGACCUCAGCAUCACGGCCCCCGACAUCAAGCUGCCCUCUGUCGAAGGCUCCCUGGAGCUCCAGGCGCCCGACAUCGACCUCAAAGGGCCCUCCGCCGAAGGAGACAAGCUCAAGAUGCCCAAGUUCGACAAGCCCAAAUUUGCAGUCUCCUCCUCCAAGGCCGAGGCGCCCACAGCCAAGGUCAGCCUGCCCAGCGCAGAAGUCGACCUCCCCUCUGCCACCGUGACAGCCACAGGGGAGGGCCCAGGGCUGGGCUUGAAAGCCGACGUUUCUGGCGCCAAGACCGAGGGCGCCGGCUGGAAGCUGGAGAAGCCCUCCCUCGAGAUGCCCAAAGCUGACAUCAAAGCACCCAAGGUGGACAUCAGCCUGCCAUCCGUCGAUGUCACCCUUCCAAAGGCCAGCGUUGACCUGCAGGCGCCCAAGGCCACCCUCAGCCUGGAGGGAGAAGCCAAAGUCGCAGAGAAGGAGGCCGCCAAGACCAAGGAUGGCAAGUUCAAGAUGCCCAAAUUCGGCAUGCCAUCUUUUGGCUGGUCCAGCAGCAGAGAGGCCAAGGGCACCGUGUCCGCCGAGGUGGACGUCAGCCUCAAGGAACCAGAAGUGCCACUGCCCUCGGCAGCCGCAGAAGUGGAUGUCACGCUGCCCUCGGCCGACAUCCAAGCGCCUGGUGUGGAGGUGACCGUAGAGACACCCGCCGUAGCAGCAGAGGGCGAGAAAGGCCGAUUCAAAAUGCCCGAUGUCAAGAUGCCCAGCGUCAAGCUGCCCAAAGUCAAAGGUCCCCAGGUGCAGGUCAGCCUGCCCAAGGCCGAAGUCUCGCUGGCCAAAGGCCAGGAGGGCGAAGUCGCCCUGCAGGGCCCCGAGGCUGAAGCCAGCCUGGAGGUGGCCUCAGGCAAAGCUGAAGGUGGUGGGAUGAAAAUACACAUGCCCAAAGUCAAGGUGCCCAGCGUGGUCUUCUCCAAGCCCACUGUCAAGUCUCCCAAGCUGGAGGCGGACGUCAGCCUCCCGCAGGCAGAGCUCAAGGCUGCUGACGCUGACCUCAGCAUCACGGCCCCCGACAUCAAGCUGCCCUCUGUCGAAGGCUCCCUGGAGCUCCAGGCGCCCGACAUCGACCUCAAAGGGCCCUCCGCCGAAGGAGAGCUGAAGCUGGAUGGCACCGGCCUGAAAAGCAAGCUCAAGAUGCCCAAGUUCGACAAGCCCAAAUUUGCAGUCUCCUCCUCCAAGGCCGAGGCGCCCACAGCCAAGGUCAGCCUGCCCAGCGCAGAAGUCGACCUCCCCUCUGCCACCGUGACAGCCACAGGGGAGGGCCCAGGGCUGGGCUUGAAAGCCGACGUUUCUGGCGCCAAGACCGAGGGCGCCGGCUGGAAGCUGGAGAAGCCCUCCCUCGAGAUGCCCAAAGCUGACAUCAAAGCACCCAAGGUGGACAUCAGCCUGCCAUCCGUCGAUGUCACCCUUCCAAAGGCCAGCGUUGACCUGCAGGCGCCCGAGGCCACCCUCAGCCUGGAGGGAGAAGCCAAAGUCGCAGAGAAGGACGCCGCCAAGACCAAGGAUGGCAAGUUCAAGAUGCCCAAAUUCGGCAUGCCAUCUUUUGGCUGGUCCAGCAGCAGAGAGGCCAAGGGCACCGUGUCCGCCGAGGUGGACGUCAGCCUCAAGGAACCAGAAGUGCCGCUGCCCUCGGCAGCUGCUGAAGUGGACGUCACGCUGCCCUCGGCCGACAUCCAAGCGCCCGGUGUGGAGGUGACCGUAGAGACACCCGCCGUAGCAGCAGAGGGCGAGAAAGGCCGAUUCAAAAUGCCCGAUGUCAAGAUGCCCAGCGUCAAGCUGCCCAAAGUCAAAGGUCCCCAGGUGCAGGUCAGCCUGCCCAAGGCCGAAGUCUCGCUGGCCAAAGGCCAGGAGGGCGAAGUCGCCCUGCAGGGCCCCGAGGCUGAAGCCAGCCUGGAGGUGGCCUCAGGCAAAGCUGAAGGUGGUGGGAUGAAAAUACACAUGCCCAAAGUCAAGGUGCCCAGCGUGGUCUUCUCCAAGCCCACUGUCAAGUCUCCCAAGUUGGAGGCGGACGUCAGCCUCCCGCAGGCAGAGCUCAAGGCUGCUGACGCUGACCUCAGCAUCACGGCCCCCGACAUCAAGCUGCCCUCUGUCGAAGGCUCCCUGGAGCUCCAGGCGCCCGACAUCGACCUCAAAGGGCCCUCCGCCGAAGGAGAGCUGAAGCUGGAUGGCACCGGCCUGAAAAGCAAGCUCAAGAUGCCCAAGUUCGACAAGCCCAAAUUUGCAGUCUCCUCCUCCAAGGCCGAGGCGCCCACAGCCAAGGUCAGCCUGCCCAGCGCAGAAGUCGACCUCCCCUCUGCCACCGUGACAGCCACAGGGGAGGGCCCAGGGCUGGGCUUGAAAGCCGACGUUUCUGGCGCCAAGACCGAGGGCGCCGGCUGGAAGCUGGAGAAGCCCUCCCUCGAGAUGCCCAAAGCUGACAUCAAAGCACCCAAGGUGGACAUCAGCCUGCCAUCCGUCGAUGUCACCCUUCCAAAGGCCAGCGUUGACCUGCAGGCGCCCGAGGCCACCCUCAGCCUGGAGGGAGAAGCCAAAGUCGCAGAGAAGGAGGCCGCCAAGACCAAGGAUGGCAAGUUCAAGAUGCCCAAAUUCGGCAUGCCAUCUUUUGGCUGGUCCAGCAGCAGAGAGGCCAAGGGCACCGUGUCCGCCGAGGUGGACGUCAGCCUCAAGGAACCAGAAGUGCCACUGCCCUCGGCAGCCGCAGAAGUGGACGUCACGCUGCCCUCGGCCGACAUCCAAGCGCCCGGUGUGGAGGUGACCGUAGAGACACCCGCCGUAGCAGCAGAGGGCGAGAAAGGCCGAUUCAAAAUGCCCGAUGUCAAGAUGCCCAGCGUCAAGCUGCCCAAAGUCAAAGGUCCCCAGGUGCAGGUCAGCCUGCCCAAGGCCGAAGUCUCGCUGGCCAAAGGCCAGGAGGGCGAAGUCGCCCUGCAGGGCCCCGAGGCUGAAGCCAGCCUGGAGGUGGCCUCAGGCAAAGCUGAAGGUGGUGGGAUGAAAAUACACAUGCCCAAAGUCAAGGUGCCCAGCGUGGUCUUCUCCAAGCCCACUGUCAAGUCUCCCAAGCUGGAGGCGGACGUCAGCCUCCCGCAGGCAGAGCUCAAGGCUGCUGACGCUGACCUCAGCAUCACGGCCCCCGACAUCAAGCUGCCCUCUGUCGAAGGCUCCCUGGAGCUCCAGGCGCCCGACAUCGACCUCAAAGGGCUCUCCGCCGAAGGAGAGCUCAAGCUGGAAGGCACGGGCCUGAAAGGCAAGCUCAAGAUGCCCAAGUUCGACAAGCCCAAAUUUGCAGUCUCCUCCUCCAAGGCCGAGGCGCCCACAGCCAAGGUCAGCCUGCCCAGCGCAGAAGUCGACCUCCCCUCUGCCACCGUGACAGCAACAGGGGAGGGCCCCGGGCUGGGCUUGAAAGCCGACGUUUCUGGCGCCAAGACCGAGGGCGCCGGCUGGAAGCUGGAGAAGCCCUCCCUCGAGAUGCCCAAAGCUGACAUCAAAGCUCCCAAGGUGGACAUCAGCCUGCCAUCCGUCGAUGUCACCCUUCCAAAGGCCAGCGUUGACCUGCAGGCGCCCGAGGCCACCCUCAGCCUGGAGGGAGAAGCCAAAGUCGCAGAGAAGGACGCCGCCAAGACCAAGGAUGGCAAGUUCAAGAUGCCCAAAUUCGGCAUGCCAUCUUUUGGCUGGUCCAGCAGCAAAGAGGCCAAGGGCACCGUGUCCGCCGAGGUGGACGUCAGCCUCAAGGAACCAGAAGUGCCGCUGCCCUCGGCAGCCGCUGAAGUGGACGUCACGCUGCCCUCGGCCGACAUCCAAGCGCCCGGUGUGGAGGUGACCGUAGAGACACCCGCCGUAGCAGCAGAGGGCGAGAAAGGCCGAUUCAAAAUGCCCGAUGUCAAGAUGCCCAGCGUCAAGCUGCCCAAAGUCAAAGGUCCCCAGGUGCAGGUCAGCCUGCCCAAGGCCGAAGUCUCGCUGGCCAAAGGCCAGGAGGGCGAAGUCGCCCUGCAGGGCCCCGAGGCUGAAGCCAGCCUGGAGGUGGCCUCAGGCAAAGCUGAAGGUGGUGGGAUGAAAAUACACAUGCCCAAAGCCAAGGUGCCCAGCGUGGUCUUCUCCAAGCCCACUGUCAAGUCUCCCAAGUUGGAGGCGGACGUCAGCCUCCCGCAGGCAGAGCCAAAGGCUGCUGACGCUGACCUCAGCAUCACGGCCCCCGACAUCAAGCUGCCCUCUGUCGAAGGCUCCCUGGAGCUCCAGGCGCCCGACAUCGACCUCAAAGGGCCCUCCGCCGAAGGAGAGCUCAAGCUGGAAGGCACCGGCCUGAAAGGCAAGCUCAAGAUGCCCAAGUUCGACAAGCCCAAAUUUGCAGUCUCCUCCUCCAAGGCCGAGGCGCCCACAGCCAAGGUCAGCCUGCCCAGCGCAGAAGUCGACCUCCCCUCUGCCACCGUGACAGCCACAGGGGAGGGCCCAGGGCUGGGCUUGAAAGCCGACGUUUCUGGCGCCAAGACCGAGGGCGCCGGCUGGAAGCUGGAGAAGCCCUCCCUCGAGAUGCCCAAAGCUGACAUCAAAGCUCCCAAGGUGGACAUCAGCCUGCCCUCCGUCGAUGUCACCCUUCCAAAGGCCAGCGUUGACCUGCAGGCGCCCGAGGCCACCCUCAGCCUGGAGGGAGAAGCCAAAGUCGCAGAGAAGGAGGCCGCCAAGACCAAGGAUGGCAAGUUCAAGAUGCCCAAAUUCGGCAUGCCAUCUUUUGGCUGGUCCAGCAGCAGAGAGGCCAAGGGCACCGUGUCCGCCGAGGUGGACGUCAGCCUCAAGGAACCAGAAGUGCCGCUGCCCUCGGCAGCCGCAGAAGUGGACGUCACGCUGCCCUCGGCCGACAUCCAAGCGCCCGGUGUGGAGGUGACCGUAGAGACACCCGCCGUAGCAGCAGAGGGCGAGAAAGGCCGAUUCAAAAUGCCCGAUGUCAAGAUGCCCAGCGUCAAGCUGCCCAAAGUCAAAGGUCCCCAGGUGCAGGUCAGCCUGCCCAAGGCCGAAGUCUCGCUGGCCAAAGGCCAGGAGGGCGAAGUCGCCCUGCAGGGCCCCGAGGCUGAAGCCAGCCUGGAGGUGGCCUCAGGCAAAGCUGAAGGUGGUGGGAUGAAAAUACACAUGCCCAAAGUCAAGGUGCCCAGCGUGGUCUUCUCCAAGCCCACUGUCAAGUCUCCCAAGUUGGAGGCGGACGUCAGCCUCCCGCAGGCAGAGCUCAAGGCUGCUGACGCUGACCUCAGCAUCACGGCCCCCGACAUCAAGCUGCCCUCUGUCGAAGGCUCCCUGGAGCGCCAGGCGCCCGACAUCGACCUCAAAGGGCCCUCCGCCGAAGGAGAGCUCAAGCUGGAAGGCACCAGCCUGAAAGGCAAGCUCAAGAUGCCCAAGUUCGACAAGCCCAAAUUUGCAGUCUCCUCUUCCAAGGCUGAGGCGCCCACAGCCAAGGUCAGCCUGCCCAGCGCAGAAGUCGACCUCCCCUCUGCCACCGUGACAGCAACAGGGGAGGGCCCCGGGCUGGGCUUGAAAGCCGACGUUUCUGGCGCCAAGACCGAGGGCGCCGGCUGGAAGCUGGAGAAGCCCUCCCUCGAGAUGCCCAAAGCUGACAUCAAAGCUCCCAAGGUGGACAUCAGCCUGCCCUCCGUCGAUGUCACCCUUCCAAAGGCCAGCGUUGACCUGCAGGCGCCCGAGGCCACCCUCAGCCUGGAGGGAGAAGCCAAAGUCGCAGAGAAGGAGGCCGCCAAGACCAAGGAUGGCAAGUUCAAGAUGCCCAAAUUCGGCAUGCCAUCUUUUGGCUGGUCCAGCAGCAGAGAGGCCAAGGGCACCGUGUCCGCCGAGGUGGACGUCAGCCUCAAGGAACCAGAAGUGCCGCUGCCCUCGGCAGCCGCAGAAGUGGACGUCACGCUGCCCUCGGCCGACAUCCAAGCGCCCGGUGUGGAGGUGACCGUAGAGACACCCGCCGUAGCAGCAGAGGGCGAGAAAGGCCGAUUCAAAAUGCCCGAUGUCAAGAUGCCCAGCGUCAAGCUGCCCAAAGUCAAAGGUCCCCAGGUGCAGGUCAGCCUGCCCAAGGCCGAAGUCUCGCUGGCCAAAGGCCAGGAGGGCGAAGUCGCCCUGCAGGGCCCCGAGGCUGAAGCCAGCCUGGAGGUGGCCUCAGGCAAAGCUGAAGGUGGUGGGAUGAAAAUACACAUGCCCAAAGUCAAGGUGCCCAGCGUGGUCUUCUCCAAGCCCACUGUCAAGUCUCCCAAGUUGGAGGCGGACGUCAGCCUCCCGCAGGCAGAGCUCAAGGCUGCUGACGCUGACCUCAGCAUCACGGCCCCCGACAUCAAGCUGCCCUCUGUCGAAGGCUCCCUGGAGCUCCAGGCGCCCGACAUCGACCUCAAAGGGCCCUCCGCCGAAGGAGAGCUCAAGCUGGAAGGCACCGGCCUGAAAGGCAAGCUCAAGAUGCCCAAGUUCGACAAGCCCAAAUUUGCAGUCUCCUCCUCCAAGGCCGAGGCGCCCACAGCCAAGGUCAGCCUGCCCAGCGCAGAAGUCGACCUCCCCUCUGCCACCGUGACAGCCACAGGGGAGGGCCCAGGGCUGGGCUUGAAAGCCGACGUUUCUGGCGCCAAGACCGAGGGCGCCGGCUGGAAGCUGGAGAAGCCCUCCCUCGAGAUGCCCAAAGCUGACAUCAAAGCUCCCAAGGUGGACAUCAGCCUGCCAUCCGUCGAUGUCACCCUUCCAAAGGCCAGCGUUGACCUGCAGGCGCCCGAGGCCACCCUCAGCCUGGAGGGAGAAGCCAAAGUCGCAGAGAAGGAGGCCGCCAAGACCAAGGAUGGCAAGUUCAAGAUGCCCAAAUUCGGCAUGCCAUCUUUUGGCUGGUCCAGCAGCAAAGAGGCCAAGGGCACCGUGUCCGCCGAGGUGGACGUCAGCCUCAAGGAACCAGAAGUGCCGCUGCCCUCGGCAGCCGCUGAAGUGGACGUCACGCUGCCCUCGGCCGACAUCCAAGCGCCCGGUGUGGAGGUGACCGUAGAGACACCCGCCGUAGCAGCAGAGGGCGAGAAAGGCCGAUUCAAAAUGCCCGAUGUCAAGAUGCCCAGCGUCAAGCUGCCCAAAGUCAAAGGUCCCCAGGUGCAGGUCAGCCUGCCCAAGGCCGAAGUCUCGCUGGCCAAAGGCCAGGAGGGCGAAGUCGCCCUGCAGGGCCCCGAGGCUGAAGCCAGCCUGGAGGUGGCCUCAGGCAAAGCUGAAGGUGGUGGGAUGAAAAUACACAUGCCCAAAGCCAAGGUGCCCAGCGUGGUCUUCUCCAAGCCCACUGUCAAGUCUCCCAAGUUGGAGGCGGACGUCAGCCUCCCGCAGGCAGAGCUCAAGGCUGCUGACGCUGACCUCAGCAUCACGGCCCCCGACAUCAAGCUGCCCUCUGUCGAAGGCUCCCUGGAGCUCCAGGCGCCCGACAUCGACCUCAAAGGGCCCUCCGCCGAAGGAGAGCUCAAGCUGGAAGGCACCGGCCUGAAAGGCAAGCUCAAGAUGCCCAAGUUCGACAAGCCCAAAUUUGCAGUCUCCUCCUCCAAGGCCGAGGCGCCCACAGCCAAGGUCAGCCUGCCCAGCGCAGAAGUCGACCUCCCCUCUGCCACCGUGACAGCCACAGGGGAGGGCCCAGGGCUGGGCUUGAAAGCCGACGUUUCUGGCGCCAAGACCGAGGGCGCCGGCUGGAAGCUGGAGAAGCCCUCCCUCGAGAUGCCCAAAGCUGACAUCAAAGCUCCCAAGGUGGACAUCAGCCUGCCCUCCGUCGAUGUCACCCUUCCAAAGGCCAGCGUUGACCUGCAGGCGCCCGAGGCCACCCUCAGCCUGGAGGGAGAAGCCAAAGUCGCAGAGAAGGAGGCCGCCAAGACCAAGGAUGGCAAGUUCAAGAUGCCCAAAUUCGGCAUGCCAUCUUUUGGCUGGUCCAGCAGCAGAGAGGCCAAGGGCACCGUGUCCGCCGAGGUGGACGUCAGCCUCAAGGAACCAGAAGUGCCGCUGCCCUCGGCAGCCGCAGAAGUGGACGUCACGCUGCCCUCGGCCGACAUCCAAGCGCCCGGUGUGGAGGUGACCGUAGAGACACCCGCCGUAGCAGCAGAGGGCGAGAAAGGCCGAUUCAAAAUGCCCGAUGUCAAGAUGCCCAGCGUCAAGCUGCCCAAAGUCAAAGGUCCCCAGGUGCAGGUCAGCCUGCCCAAGGCCGAAGUCUCGCUGGCCAAAGGCCAGGAGGGCGAAGUCGCCCUGCAGGGCCCCGAGGCUGAAGCCAGCCUGGAGGUGGCCUCAGGCAAAGCUGAAGGUGGUGGGAUGAAAAUACACAUGCCCAAAGCCAAGGUGCCCAGCGUGGUCUUCUCCAAGCCCACUGUCAAGUCUCCCAAGUUGGAGGCGGACGUCAGCCUCCCGCAGGCAGAGCUCAAGGCUGCUGACGCUGACCUCAGCAUCACGGCCCCCGACAUCAAGCUGCCCUCUGUCGAAGGCUCCCUGGAGCUCCAGGCGCCCGACAUCGACCUCAAAGGGCCCUCCGCCGAAGGAGAGCUCAAGCUGGAAGGCACCGGCCUGAAAGGCAAGCUCAAGAUGCCCAAGUUCGACAAGCCCAAAUUUGCAGUCUCCUCCUCCAAGGCCGAGGCGCCCACAGCCAAGGUCAGCCUGCCCAGCGCAGAAGUCGACCUCCCCUCUGCCACCGUGACAGCCACAGGGGAGGGCCCAGGGCUGGGCUUGAAAGCCGACGUUUCUGGCGCCAAGACCGAGGGCGCCGGCUGGAAGCUGGAGAAGCCCUCCCUCGAGAUGCCCAAAGCUGACAUCAAAGCUCCCAAGGUGGACAUCAGCCUGCCCUCCGUCGAUGUCACCCUUCCAAAGGCCAGCGUUGACCUGCAGGCGCCCGAGGCCACCCUCAGCCUGGAGGGAGAAGCCAAAGUCGCAGAGAAGGAGGCCGCCAAGACCAAGGAUGGCAAGUUCAAGAUGCCCAAAUUCGGCAUGCCAUCUUUUGGCUGGUCCAGCAGCAGAGAGGCCAAGGGCACCGUGUCCGCCGAGGUGGACGUCAGCCUCAAGGAACCAGAAGUGCCGCUGCCCUCGGCAGCCGCAGAAGUGGACGUCACGCUGCCCUCGGCCGACAUCCAAGCGCCCGGUGUGGAGGUGACCGUAGAGACACCCGCCGUAGCAGCAGAGGGCGAGAAAGGCCGAUUCAAAAUGCCCGAUGUCAAGAUGCCCAGCGUCAAGCUGCCCAAAGUCAAAGGUCCCCAGGUGCAGGUCAGCCUGCCCAAGGCCGAAGUCUCGCUGGCCAAAGGCCAGGAGGGCGAAGUCGCCCUGCAGGGCCCCGAGGCUGAAGCCAGCCUGGAGGUGGCCUCAGGCAAAGCUGAAGGUGGUGGGAUGAAAAUACACAUGCCCAAAGCCAAGGUGCCCAGCGUGGUCUUCUCCAAGCCCACUGUCAAGUCUCCCAAGUUGGAGGCGGACGUCAGCCUCCCGCAGGCAGAGCUCAAGGCUGCUGACGCUGACCUCAGCAUCACGGCCCCCGACAUCAAGCUGCCCUCUGUCGAAGGCUCCCUGGAGCUCCAGGCGCCCGACAUCGACCUCAAAGGGCCCUCCGCCGAAGGAGAGCUCAAGCUGGAAGGCACCAGCCUGAAAGGCAAGCUCAAGAUGCCCAAGUUCGACAAGCCCAAAUUUGCAGUCUCCUCUUCCAAGGCUGAGGCGCCCACAGCCAAGGUCAGCCUGCCCAGCGCAGAAGUCGACCUCCCCUCUGCCACCGUGACAGCAACAGGGGAGGGCCCCGGGCUGGGCUUGAAAGCCGACGUUUCUGGCGCCAAGACCGAGGGCGCCGGCUGGAAGCUGGAGAAGCCCUCCCUCGAGAUGCCCAAAGCUGACAUCAAAGCUCCCAAGGUGGACAUCAGCCUGCCCUCCGUCGAUGUCACCCUUCCAAAGGCCAGCGUUGACCUGCAGGCGCCCGAGGCCACCCUCAGCCUGGAGGGAGAAGCCAAAGUCGCAGAGAAGGAGGCCGCCAAGACCAAGGAUGGCAAGUUCAAGAUGCCCAAAUUCGGCAUGCCAUCUUUUGGCUGGUCCAGCAGCAGAGAGGCCAAGGGCACCGUGUCCGCCGAGGUGGACGUCAGCCUCAAGGAACCAGAAGUGCCGCUGCCCUCGGCAGCCGCAGAAGUGGACGUCACGCUGCCCUCGGCCGACAUCCAAGCGCCCGGUGUGGAGGUGACCGUAGAGACACCCGCCGUAGCAGCAGAGGGCGAGAAAGGCCGAUUCAAAAUGCCCGAUGUCAAGAUGCCCAGCGUCAAGCUGCCCAAAGUCAAAGGUCCCCAGGUGCAGGUCAGCCUGCCCAAGGCCGAAGUCUCGCUGGCCAAAGGCCAGGAGGGCGAAGUCGCCCUGCAGGGCCCCGAGGCUGAAGCCAGCCUGGAGGUGGCCUCAGGCAAAGCUGAAGGUGGUGGGAUGAAAAUACACAUGCCCAAAGUCAAGGUGCCCAGCGUGGUCUUCUCCAAGCCCACUGUCAAGUCUCCCAAGUUGGAGGCGGACGUCAGCCUCCCGCAGGCAGAGCUCAAGGCUGCUGACGCUGACCUCAGCAUCACGGCCCCCGACAUCAAGCUGCCCUCUGUCGAAGGCUCCCUGGAGCUCCAGGCGCCCGACAUCGACCUCAAAGGGCCCUCCGCCGAAGGAGAGCUCAAGCUGGAAGGCACCGGCCUGAAAGGCAAGCUCAAGAUGCCCAAGUUCGACAAGCCCAAAUUUGCAGUCUCCUCCUCCAAGGCCGAGGCGCCCACAGCCAAGGUCAGCCUGCCCAGCGCAGAAGUCGACCUCCCCUCUGCCACCGUGACAGCCACAGGGGAGGGCCCAGGGCUGGGCUUGAAAGCCGACGUUUCUGGCGCCAAGACCGAGGGCGCCGGCUGGAAGCUGGAGAAGCCCUCCCUCGAGAUGCCCAAAGCUGACAUCAAAGCUCCCAAGGUGGACAUCAGCCUGCCCUCCGUCGAUGUCACCCUUCCAAAGGCCAGCGUUGACCUGCAGGCGCCCGAGGCCACCCUCAGCCUGGAGGGAGAAGCCAAAGUCGCAGAGAAGGAGGCCGCCAAGACCAAGGAUGGCAAGUUCAAGAUGCCCAAAUUCGGCAUGCCAUCUUUUGGCUGGUCCAGCAGCAGAGAGGCCAAGGGCACCGUGUCCGCCGAGGUGGACGUCAGCCUCAAGGAACCAGAAGUGCCGCUGCCCUCGGCAGCCGCAGAAGUGGACGUCACGCUGCCCUCGGCCGACAUCCAAGCGCCCGGUGUGGAGGUGACCGUAGAGACACCCGCCGUAGCAGCAGAGGGCGAGAAAGGCCGAUUCAAAAUGCCCGAUGUCAAGAUGCCCAGCGUCAAGCUGCCCAAAGUCAAAGGUCCCCAGGUGCAGGUCAGCCUGCCCAAGGCCGAAGUCUCGCUGGCCAAAGGCCAGGAGGGCGAAGUCGCCCUGCAGGGCCCCGAGGCUGAAGCCAGCCUGGAGGUGGCCUCAGGCAAAGCUGAAGGUGGUGGGAUGAAAAUACACAUGCCCAAAGUCAAGGUGCCCAGCGUGGUCUUCUCCAAGCCCACUGUCAAGUCUCCCAAGUUGGAGGCGGACGUCAGCCUCCCGCAGGCAGAGCUCAAGGCUGCUGACGCUGACCUCAGCAUCACGGCCCCCGACAUCAAGCUGCCCUCUGUCGAAGGCUCCCUGGAGCUCCAGGCGCCCGACAUCGACCUCAAAGGGCCCUCCGCCGAAGGAGAGCUCAAGCUGGAAGGCACCGGCCUGAAAGGCAAGCUCAAGAUGCCCAAGUUCGACAAGCCCAAAUUUGCAGUCUCCUCCUCCAAGGCCGAGGCGCCCACAGCCAAGGUCAGCCUGCCCAGCGCAGAAGUCGACCUCCCCUCUGCCACCGUGACAGCCACAGGGGAGGGCCCAGGGCUGGGCUUGAAAGCCGACGUUUCUGGCGCCAAGACCGAGGGCGCCGGCUGGAAGCUGGAGAAGCCCUCCCUCGAGAUGCCCAAAGCUGACAUCAAAGCUCCCAAGGUGGACAUCAGCCUGCCCUCCGUCGAUGUCACCCUUCCAAAGGCCAGCGUUGACCUGCAGGCGCCCGAGGCCACCCUCAGCCUGGAGGGAGAAGCCAAAGUCGCAGAGAAGGAGGCCGCCAAGACCAAGGAUGGCAAGUUCAAGAUGCCCAAAUUCGGCAUGCCAUCUUUUGGCUGGUCCAGCAGCAGAGAGGCCAAGGGCACCGUGUCCGCCGAGGUGGACGUCAGCCUCAAGGAACCAGAAGUGCCGCUGCCCUCGGCAGCCGCAGAAGUGGACGUCACGCUGCCCUCGGCCGACAUCCAAGCGCCCGGUGUGGAGGUGACCGUAGAGACACCCGCCGUAGCAGCAGAGGGCGAGAAAGGCCGAUUCAAAAUGCCCGAUGUCAAGAUGCCCAGCGUCAAGCUGCCCAAAGUCAAAGGUCCCCAGGUGCAGGUCAGCCUGCCCAAGGCCGAAGUCUCGCUGGCCAAAGGCCAGGAGGGCGAAGUCGCCCUGCAGGGCCCCGAGGCUGAAGCCAGCCUGGAGGUGGCCUCAGGCAAAGCUGAAGGUGGUGGGAUGAAAAUACACAUGCCCAAAGUCAAGGUGCCCAGCGUGGUCUUCUCCAAGCCCACUGUCAAGUCUCCCAAGUUGGAGGCGGACGUCAGCCUCCCGCAGGCAGAGCUCAAGGCUGCUGACGCUGACCUCAGCAUCACGGCCCCCGACAUCAAGCUGCCCUCUGUCGAAGGCUCCCUGGAGCUCCAGGCGCCCGACAUCGACCUCAAAGGGCCCUCCGCCGAAGGAGAGCUGAAGCUGGAAGGCACCGGCCUGAAAGGCAAGCUCAAGAUGCCCAAGUUCGACAAGCCCAAAUUUGCAGUCUCGUCCUCCAAGGCCGAGGCGCCCACAGCCAAGGUCAGCCUGCCCAGCGCAGAAGUCGACCUCCCCUCUGCCACCGUGACAGCCACAGGGGAGGGCCCAGGGCUGGGCUUGAAAGCCGACGUUUCUGGCGCCAAGACCGAGGGCGCCGGCUGGAAGCUGGAGAAGCCCUCCCUCGAGAUGCCCAAAGCUGACAUCAAAGCUCCCAAGGUGGACAUCAGCCUGCCCUCCGUCGAUGUCACCCUUCCAAAGGCCAGCGUUGACCUGCAGGCGCCCGAGGCCACCCUCAGCCUGGAGGGAGAAGCCAAAGUCGCAGAGAAGGAGGCCGCCAAGACCAAGGAUGGCAAGUUCAAGAUGCCCAAAUUCGGCAUGCCAUCUUUUGGCUGGUCCAGCAGCAGAGAGGCCAAGGGCACCGUGUCCGCCGAGGUGGACGUCAGCCUCAAGGAACCAGAAGUGCCGCUGCCCUCGGCAGCCGCAGAAGUGGACGUCACGCUGCCCUCGGCCGACAUCCAAGCGCCCGGUGUGGAGGUGACCGUAGAGACACCCGCCGUAGCAGCAGAGGGCGAGAAAGGCCGAUUCAAAAUGCCCGAUGUCAAGAUGCCCAGCGUCAAGCUGCCCAAAGUCAAAGGUCCCCAGGUGCAGGUCAGCCUGCCCAAGGCCGAAGUCUCGCUGGCCAAAGGCCAGGAGGGCGAAGUCGCCCUGCAGGGCCCCGAGGCUGAAGCCAGCCUGGAGGUGGCCUCAGGCAAAGCUGAAGGUGGUGGGAUGAAAAUACACAUGCCCAAAGUCAAGGUGCCCAGCGUGGUCUUCUCCAAGCCCACUGUCAAGUCUCCCAAGCUGGAGGCGGACGUCAGCCUCCCGCAGGCAGAGCUCAAGGCUGCUGACGCUGACCUCAGCAUCACGGCCCCCGACAUCAAGCUGCCCUCUGUCGAAGGCUCCCUGGAGCUCCAGGCGCCCGACAUCGACCUCAAAGGGCUCUCCGCCGAAGGAGAGCUCAAGCUGGAAGGCACGGGCCUGAAAGGCAAGCUCAAGAUGCCCAAGUUCGACAAGCCCAAAUUUGCAGUCUCGUCCUCCAAGGCCGAGGCGCCCACAGCCAAGGUCAGCCUGCCCAGCGCAGAAGUCGACCUCCCCUCUGCCACCGUGACAGCAACAGGGGAGGGCCCCGGGCUGGGCUUGAAAGCCGACGUUUCUGGCGCCAAGACCGAGGGCGCCGGCUGGAAGCUGGAGAAGCCCUCCCUCGAGAUGCCCAAAGCUGACAUCAAAGCUCCCAAGGUGGACAUCAGCCUGCCCUCCGUCGAUGUCACCCUUCCAAAGGCCAGCGUUGACCUGCAGGCGCCCGAGGCCACCCUCAGCCUGGAGGGAGAAGCCAAAGUCGCAGAGAAGGAGGCCGCCAAGAUCAAGGAUGGCAAGUUCAAGAUGCCCAAAUUCGGCAUGCCAUCUUUUGGCUGGUCCAGCAGCAAAGAGGCCAAGGGCACCGUGUCCGCCGAGGUGGACGUCAGCCUCAAGGAACCAGAAGUGCCGCUGCCCUCGGCAGCUGCUGAAGUGGACGUCACGCUGCCCUCGGCCGACAUCCAAGCGCCCGGUGUGGAGGUGACCGUAGAGACACCCGCCGUAGCAGCAGAGGGCGAGAAAGGCCGAUUCAAAAUGCCCGAUGUCAAGAUGCCCAGCGUCAAGCUGCCCAAAGUCAAAGGUCCCCAGGUGCAGGUCAGCCUGCCCAAGGCCGAAGUCUCGCUGGCCAAAGGCCAGGAGGGCGAAGUCGCCCUGCAGGGCCCCGAGGCUGAAGCCAGCCUGGAGGUGGCCUCAGGCAAAGCUGAAGGUGGUGGGAUGAAAAUACACAUGCCCAAAGUCAAGGUGCCCAGCGUGGUCUUCUCCAAGCCCACUGUCAAGUCUCCCAAGUUGGAGGCGGACGUCAGCCUCCCGCAGGCAGAGCUCAAGGCUGCUGACGCUGACCUCAGCAUCACGGCCCCCGACAUCAAGCUGCCCUCUGUCGAAGGCUCCCUGGAGCUCCAGGCGCCCGACAUCGACCUCAAAGGGCCCUCCGCCGAAGGAGAGCUGAAGCUGGAUGGCACCGGCCUGAAAAGCAAGCUCAAGAUGCCCAAGUUCGACAAGCCCAAAUUUGCAGUCUCGUCCUCCAAGGCCGAGGCGCCCACAGCCAAGGUCAGCCUGCCCAGCGCAGAAGUCGACCUCCCCUCUGCCACCGUGACAGCCACAGGGGAGGGCCCAGGGCUGGGCUUGAAAGCCGACGUUUCUGGCGCCAAGACCGAGGGCGCCGGCUGGAAGCUGGAGAAGCCCUCCCUCGAGAUGCCCAAAGCUGACAUCAAAGCUCCCAAGGUGGACAUCAGCCUGCCCUCCGUCGAUGUCACCCUUCCAAAGGCCAGCGUUGACCUGCAGGCGCCCGAGGCCACCCUCAGCCUGGAGGGAGAAGCCAAAGUCGCAGAGAAGGAGGCCGCCAAGACCAAGGAUGGCAAGUUCAAGAUGCCCAAAUUCGGCAUGCCAUCUUUUGGCUGGUCCAGCAGCAGAGAGGCCAAGGGCACCGUGUCCGCCGAGGUGGACGUCAGCCUCAAGGAACCAGAAGUGCCGCUGCCCUCGGCAGCCGCAGAAGUGGACGUCACGCUGCCCUCGGCCGACAUCCAAGCGCCCGGUGUGGAGGUGACCGUAGAGACACCCGCCGUAGCAGCAGAGGGCGAGAAAGGCCGAUUCAAAAUGCCCGAUGUCAAGAUGCCCAGCGUCAAGCUGCCCAAAGUCAAAGGUCCCCAGGUGCAGGUCAGCCUGCCCAAGGCCGAAGUCUCGCUGGCCAAAGGCCAGGAGGGCGAAGUCGCCCUGCAGGGCCCCGAGGCUGAAGCCAGCCUGGAGGUGGCCUCAGGCAAAGCUGAAGGUGGUGGGAUGAAAAUACACAUGCCCAAAGUCAAGGUGCCCAGCGUGGUCUUCUCCAAGCCCACUGUCAAGUCUCCCAAGUUGGAGGCGGACGUCAGCCUCCCGCAGGCAGAGCUCAAGGCUGCUGACGCUGACCUCAGCAUCACGGCCCCCGACAUCAAGCUGCCCUCUGUCGAAGGCUCCCUGGAGCUCCAGGCGCCCGACAUCGACCUCAAAGGGCCCUCCGCCGAAGGAGAGCUGAAGCUGGAUGGCACCGGCCUGAAAGGCAAGCUCAAGAUGCCCAAGUUCGACAAGCCCAAAUUUGCAGUCUCCUCUUCCAAGGCUGAGGCGCCCACAGCCAAGGUCAGCCUGCCCAGCGCAGAAGUCGACCUCCCCUCUGCCACCGUGACAGCAACAGGGGAGGGCCCCGGGCUGGGCUUGAAAGCCGACGUUUCUGGCGCCAAGACCGAGGGCGCCGGCUGGAAGCUGGAGAAGCCCUCCCUCGAGAUGCCCAAAGCUGACAUCAAAGCUCCCAAGGUGGACAUCAGCCUGCCCUCCGUCGAUGUCACCCUUCCAAAGGCCAGCGUUGACCUGCAGGCGCCCGAGGCCACCCUCAGCCUGGAGGGAGAAGCCAAAGUCGCAGAGAAGGAGGCCGCCAAGACCAAGGAUGGCAAGUUCAAGAUGCCCAAAUUCGGCAUGCCAUCUUUUGGCUGGUCCAGCAGCAGAGAGGCCAAGGGCACCGUGUCCGCCGAGGUGGACGUCAGCCUCAAGGAACCAGAAUUGCCGCUGCCCUCGGCAGCCGCAGAAGUGGAUGUGACAUUGGCUGACUCUGAGACCCAAGCUCUUAGUUUAGAUGUUCCCCUAGGAUCUUCCACUGGUAUAGAGGAGGAAAUUGGUAAAUCUAAGACUUCUGCAUUUAGAUUGCCUAAAAUGUCUCUUUCUAAAAGUUUCAAACCUCAUGGACAAAAGCAGCCUGGAUUUGAUGUUUCUGUUUCAGAAACUAUUUGUCAUUCCUUAACAGAUGAAACUUCUUCUUUUCCUUCUGAGAGUGUUGGAUCUAAACGUUUGUCUCACAUUAAGGGAGAAAGUGUAUCUAAAAGUUCCAAAUUCAGAGUUCCUAGCAUUGGCUUCUCUAAAAUGGAAGUGACUUCAUCUAAAAUUGAUUUGGAACCUUCAAUAGAAAAGAAUGAUAUUACUCUUACUAAAUAUGAAAUUAAUCUAACAGAAUCUCGAUCAAAACCAGCACCUCUUGCUGAUGAUAAUCUUUCAGAUUUUGAAAUUUUAAGUGAAGAUGGUUCUGAGGAGCAAGGAGGUUUUAAGCUAGAGGGAAAAACAACAUCUGCUGAUACAUCUUUGGUAGACACAGAGGUCACAGUUAAAAUUCCUAAAUUCCGAAAACCAAAAUUCAGAAUUCGAUCUAAGGGAAAAGGAUCUCAAAGUGACAUUGGUUUUAACGUGGAUUCUGAAAUUUCCAAGGGAAGGAUAAUAUCUGAUAUGACUGAUCCUGAUAUUGAAAAACCAGCUCAAACAUCUGAUGCCGAACUUGGUGUAAGGUUGCAUAAGCCUGCACUUGAAGUUGUUCUGGAUGCACCAACAAUGGAUCCAAAUCUGUCACCCAUGGAGAUUCCCUUGCCAAAAUUAGAUGCAGAAAUCUAUGGCCCAGAUUUAGAGUGCAAGGCAGAACAGGAAGUAGUUACAGGAGAGAAGGGUACUGAGGAGAAAGAAAACAAACUUAAAUCAUCAAAAUUCAAACUGCCUUCAUUUAGGUGGUCACCAAAGAAAGAAGCUAUUGCUCCUUCUCAUGUUGAGGAACAUCUGGAAGGACCCACUUUGUCUACUUUAUCUGGAGACAUGGGGUCUGAAUUAACUUUUCCUACUCCUGAGAAUCAAUAUGUCCAUGAGGAAUUUGAUACAACAGAAAAAGACAGUGAAAAGGCCAAAACCAAGAAGUCCCAAUUUACCAUGCCAAAGAUCUCAUUCCCUAAAAUUAAGGGUCAGAAAGUACAGGUCUCUCUGCCUGUACUGGAAACUGAUGUUUCUGGACCUAAACAAGAAAAAGAAAAUGUUUCUCUUCAGAAAUCUGAGAAAGAGAGUAGUGGAGAAGGGGCAGGACUUGGCAUAAAAGUGCCAAAAGUUACAGUCCCAACUUUGGAAUUUUCCAAACCAGAAGCCAAAGCUCCUAAAAUAGAGAUGGAUAUUAGCAUGCCUACAGGUGACAUCACAGUUCCUACCUGCGAAGAAGGUGAUCUGACAGUGAAAUCAGCUGCUGCUCGUGCCAGUCUCUCCACCUCAGAUAUUAAGACGAUAUCUGAACAUUCGCUUGAGGUGAAGAGUCCUGGCAUAAGUGUUGAAAGAACAUCAGGUGAAAUUGUUGUGGGUGAUGUAGAGAUAAAAGCUGAAGGUUCUGAAGGGAAAACAAAAAUGUCUAAAUUCCAAAUGCCAAAGGUAGGAAUUACACUUUCUAAAGGGAAAGGAUCACAAAAGGAUGUUGAGCAAUCCAAAUCAGAAGUCAAGGUUCCCCAGCUAAAAGCAACAGUAGAAAUAUCUGACAUUGCUGUUGAAGCACCAGGCUUGGAGGUGGAAUGUGGCACAGAAUCGGAGACUUACAGCCCUGAAGCCAAAAUUACCAAAACUGACAGUAAGGCAUCAGAGGCUGACGUUCAGCUGCCAUCAGCUGACAUUUCUGUUCCAAAAACAGGCAGUGAUAUUCAGGAUUCAGGUGCAGCAGUAAAGAUCAAGGGGGAAAUAAAGCAAGAUGGAGAUGGAGAAGAGAAAGAAGGACAUUUCAAAAUGCCCAAAUUCAAACUUCCAUCCUUCAGUUGGUCACCAAAGAAGGAAGCAAGUGUUAAAUCAGAUUCUGGAGCAAAUUUAGAAGACCAAAAGCUUUCUGUCAUGUCAAGCAGAAUAGAGACAGAAGUGAAAGGAACUACAACUGAUGAUCAAGGUAGUGGGCCAGACCUUGAUCUUGAAAUAUCUGCAGGAAAAGUUGAACAAAAAAGUCCAAUUAAAAAGCCUCAAUUUGUCAUGCCUAAAAUUUCACUCUCCAAGAUCAAGGUUCCAAAAUCUCAGUCUCAUUCACCAAAAGUUGAAGCUAAUGCUGCUCUUUCUAAAACAGAAAUAGAGGCUGAUGAUUCAAUUAAGAUACCUGAUAUAGAAAAAAGUCAUCCUGAAGGGACUGAAGAAGGGGCACAAAUAAUCAUAAAACCGGCUGACACUACGGUCCGCACUCUGGAGUUUUCCAGAGUAGAAACUGAAGCCUCUAAAACUGAAAUAACAGUCAGCUCAGCAAAGAUUGAUGCUUCUUUGACUCCCUCAGAGGGGAGUUUUCAACAGGUUGACUUAAAAAUAAGUUCUACCACUGAAUGUAACAUUCAAAAAGCUGGUAUUAAGCUCCCCAAAGGAGAAGCUUCAGCUGAUUUGAAGAGCCCUGAUAUAUUAACAGAAAGCUCAUCAGUUGUGGAUGGAAGAACAGUGAAACUGGAAGGUCCUGAGGGGAAGAUUAAAAUGCCCAAAUUCCAGAAGACAAAGUUUGGAAUCUCCCCAACAAAAGGGAAAGUCCCAGAGACAGAGAUCAGCUCACCAAAAAUAGAAGCUGAGCUACCCCAUCUAAGAAUGACAAAAGAAAUUGGUGACAUUGCUGUGGGAGUUCCAGCAUCAGAACUUACAUUUGAUGUGUCAGAUCCUGGAGCAGUUGAUGGCAAGAUAAAAACACCCCAAGCUCUGACAGGUGGCACUGUAGAUGCAAAGGUAGACAUAAGCACCCAGUCAGUGUCUAAACCAAAGACAGAGGGAGUUACUGAGAGUCUUGAGGAGAAGGAAAUCAAACUAAAAGAACAUGAAAUAAAAGUUGAAGAAGUUCAGACUGAAGAACACCAGGGAUGGUUUAAAAUGCCAAAAUUCAGAAUACCUGCAUUUGGCAGGGCAUCCUCAAAGGAAAAGAAACAUGAUGCUGACACUGAAAGAAGUAUGGAAAAAGCUCAGGCAACUAUUCCUUCUGCUCAAAUACAAACUGAAACAAGUAUUCCUGGAAAUACCUUCUCAUUACCACAUGCAGUUGCUGAAAUUACUAUUGGAAAAGAAGGGAUUCAAAAAUUAGGAGAUUCUGUGAAGAGUUCUGAUGCUGGCUUGCCAAAGGUGGAAGGAGAUAUUUCAUUAUCCACAGAAAAAACAGAUAGUAGAGUGAAUACUCCAAAAACUGAAACUUAUGCAGAUGUAGUUAAGCGCAGUGUUGAAGGACGUACUUCAGAAAUCACAGUGUCUGCAGCAGAAUUGUCUAAACCAUACCCAAGUACUUCAGAAACUGACAAAGACAAGAGUUCAGCAAAUAGGUUUCCUACAUGUACACUGACAUUUCCAGAGCAUAAAGGCAAAUCACAGGAUAUAGAAGUCCCAAAGGUAGAAAGUUCCAUGAAGUUAGAGACAUCAGGGGUAGGAUGUAAACCAUCAUCAGCUGAAAUUAGUCUAGAUGCAACACAGAAGAAAAGAGAUGUUAGUCUUCCAAAGGAAGAGCUAGAUAUUCAAAAUAAAGAGGCAGCAAUUAAAAAAGGAAAGAUAAAGGGCGAAGUGAAAAUCAUAGGAAAAGACAGUGAAGAAAGUCAGUUAAAAAGGACUGUGUGUGAAUGGUCUACAACAAAAGGAUCAGAAGAUGGUACUUACGUUACUGCUAAGAUGGAAGAUCUAAAGGUAGAAGUUCCAACAGUGAAGACGGAUGUUAAAAUUACUACAGUAGAUCCUGAAAUGAAAUUUCAGGUGAAAAGUGUUGAAAAGGAUGUGUCUGCAGGAGUGGAAGUGCAAGUAGAAGACAGAGCAGAAACAAGUAAAAUUAAAGCAUACAAGUUUAAGAUUCCAAAGUUUGGAAUGUUGCAUUCAGAAAUCAAGGGGUUUGAAGAUGAUACCAAUUUGCCAAAGUCAGAAGCUGAUUCAGCACCUAAAAGAGGCACAGCAGAAAUGGAGUUACAAAAACCAGAAGGAUCAAUUGGCCUGGAAAAUCAAGCUCUAGAUCAUAUAGAAGCAUCUGCCAGAAUAACAGGGGAAACAGUGGACCAAACACAAGGUGUCCCAGAAGUAAUUGUAAGAAUUCCCAAACUAAAAAUACCAAGAUUCACUUUCAGAACUCUCCCAAUUGAAGCUGAUGUUUUACUGUCAAAAGUAGUAACAGAUCCAAAGGGAUCUAGUUCUGACAUUGAAAUAGUGAAACUGCAAGCAAGCUCUGCUAUCCCAGAAGAAACACCAGGAGCUCUAGAGGGGGGUAUUCAAAAAGCAAAAAGCAAGAUUUUAACAGUGACUGAACCUGACAUUAAAACAGCACAAAUGACAGCUACCAUAGAGUCGUCCCUUUCAAGUGCAGGGCAAGACAUCCAUUGGUCUUACAUAGAGGGCCAAGAAGUAAGUGAGAAAGUAGAACCUGAACAUGUUGCUAUUGAGCGAUGUGAGAUCUACACAACUGAAAUACUGAAAGAAUCAGAGAUUCUGUCAGCAGAGGUCAAAACUGCUGCUUUGGGAUUCUCAUUGCUAAAGGCAAAGUUGCCGGAAUCACACAGUGAUUUAGAUGUGCUGGUCCAGCAGCCAUCUCCAACAGGAGAUGUAUCAAUGGGAAAACCUACAGGUGCUGGUGAAAGCUUUGGAGGAGCAGCACAGAGAACUGGCAGUGCUGAGCCUAAACUAUCUGACAAACCACACCAUGAAUCUGAAGAAUCUAGAGGAAAAGUAAGAUUGACAAAGUUAAAAACAUCUACUACUGAAGUGAAGUGUUCCAGUAAACUUGAAGAGAGUUUUCCUGAUAAAUCACCAGAGGGAAUAACUGCAGUUCCUCUCUCUAAAGAUGAAGAUGUAGUUGAAGCAGUGGAAGGUGAAGAAAAAGACAUAACCAAUGAGAAAGAAAAGACUGAUAAUAAAAGAUCUCCUGGAAGAUUCAAAUUUUGGCUUCCAAGUAUUGGCUUUUCAUCUUCUGGGGAUGAAACAAGCACAGAUGCAAAACCAGAAAUAAAAAAAUCAGUUCCAGAAGAUGUGAAACCUGCUGACACAUCAGAUGAUUCCUCUAAGCAGGCUGAAAAACCUGGAUGGUUUCGAUUUCCCAAGCUUGGUUUCACAUCUCCUUCCAAAAAGGCUAAGUCUGUUGACAAAGAAGAGGUGGGUCAUAAAGAGGUGAGACUCUCAGAUGAAGAUAGCCCAACAGAUAAACCAGAUGUGUUUUUUGAUGCACAAGAAAGCUUAUCACCUAAAGAAAUAGAAGGUGAAAAAGCUGAAACUGAUGGGGCCUCAUCUAUCGUGACAUCUUCAGCAAGAACUGAACUAAUCUUGUUGGAGGAAGAAAAAGAUAGUAAAUCUAAUAUUGUUGGAGGUACAACCAAAUGAAGGUUGUAUUUUCUCAAUCCUCAAUGGAAACAAAAUCAUCCAUAUGUACAGAAGAGAAUAUUUUCCUAAUUUUCCACUAACUGAAGAUUAAAACCCAAGGCUGGUAUUCAUGAAAACACUUGAACAGAAUUUAGUACAUUCAAAUUUUCAAGUACAUGGAUGUACUUACUAGAUUUUAUGCUAAUAAAAAUAAAGAUUUCUUCAUAUCUACCCCAAGGGCAACAAUUAUGACAGGUGCAGAGGGGCCCAUAGUUUGAGCAAAGUCCGAGUAGAUACCAGAACCAUGGAAGUAAAUCAUUGAAAGGUUCAACAAUAACAAAAGGCUUCUUAAAGAGGCUUCUCAAAACACACUGGUUGUAUUUAGAUUACAGAUUAUUUCCAGAAUGGGUUCUAAAAUAGUACUAUGAGAACUAUACUUACCUGUUUAGAUUUUGGAACUUUCUGAUCUACUUUUGCUUUGUUAUUAAAAUGUUUUUCUCUAUUUCAGCUAUGGUAGUAUGUAUAUUCCACAAACACUUUAAAAUAUAAAAUACAAAGUAAAUACUAGUGUAGAGAGACUAAUGCUUUGCCUCUUCCUCUCCUCUUAUUUUUUUAUUAUUGUGGCGGGUCGUAUUUAGCCUUAAAAUAAUUUUAAAAAAACAGCAAAAACCAACAGAAUCGUUUCAAGACCAAAAAACAUGUAACUAGAUCAUAUUUGUAAGAUACCAGAAUAAAAAAUGCUUACAAAGAAUAUUAUUCAAAUGUGGAUAAAUAAAUUUUUCUGUAUAUACUUAUGGGAUAGUUCAAUGCUUAGAAUGAUCUGCCACACUGGUGGAAUUGCUUCAGAGAUAUUCCGGGGAAGGAGGUGUAUAUAAUUAUUUGCUGCUUUGUUUAUAUUAAUGCUUCUCUCAAGUGCACAAUGAAAACCAGAGUGCAUAUGUGACAGCCUUCACAUGUACCAUUAAAACACUGUCUGUAUUCUUAAUUCACAAUAAACUCACUGUAUGAAUAAUAA